GGUGUGUGGAAGGUGUUAAAGACUUCUCUUCCAUCAUCCACCUAUGGCUUCUCUUCUUCCUUUCUCUCUUCCCAAACCAAACAUUAUCAAGGCUUCAACUUCAACUUCUGCUCCUUCUACAACUACCCUUCUCAUUCCAGAAAAUCUUAAUGAAAAAUUUGGCAGAAAAGGUAUAAAAUUCUUGGAGUCCAACAACAUUCCUAUGGUUGAACUGACUGUCAGAAAUGGUAGCUCUGUAAAGUUAAGUAUCCCUGAUGCUCAUGUCACUUCAUACAAGCCUAAAGUCUAUUGGAAAGAUGAUGGCUUUGAGGAAGUUCUUUAUACAGUUGGAGCUAAUACUGCCAAGGCCAAAGGUGGAAUUGGUUUGGUCAUCAAUGAUGCCUCGGAAAAGGGCUCUAAGGCCUCUCUCAUUCCUGCCUCUCAGUGGACUGUUAAGGAUGUUGACUCUGAUGCCAUUGAUGCUUUACAGGUUGAGUUGAGUUGCAGCAGUGGAACUCUUGAUAUAACUUAUGUUGUAUCACUCUAUCCACUGAGCGUGGCAACAGCAGUUGUAGUUAAGAACAAUGGCAAGAAGGCAGUGACUCUAGCCAGUGCCAUACUUAGCCAUUUGAAGUUCAAGAAAAGAGGAGGGGCAGGAAUUCAAGGCCUCAGGGGCUGCUCUUACUGCACUUAUGCUCCUUUACCUUCUCCCUUUGAGCUUCUGUCUCCUUCUGAAGCAAUAAAAACUGAGUCUUCUGGAUGGUUUGGUUCUGAGCCUAAUGAAAAACCAGGUUCAUGGAAGGUGCAAGAUGUGCCCUUUACAAUAUUGUCAAAUAAGCUAAGUAGAGUGUAUGCUGCUCCUCCUGCAGAGAGAUCAAAGGAAUUUUACUACACUACACCUUCAAAAUAUGAGACCCUUGAUCAGGGGCGUGAGCUAUUCUUUAGAGUGAUAAGACUUGGGUUUGAAGACAUAUACUUGGGCAGCCCUGGUUCAUUCUCAGAAAAGUAUGGGAAGGAGUAUUUUAUAUGCACAGGCCCUGCUUCAAUGCUGAUGCCUGUGGUUGUGCAACCUGGUGAAAAGUGGAAAGGGGCACAGGUUAUUGAGCAUGAUAAUUUGUAAAUUACAAUUGUCAAUUACAUAA